AUGUCGCAUGAUAUUCCGAUUGAGUUCACGGAGAUCGUCAACUUGACGUCACUAGGGAUUGCCCCACAGUCCCUUGACUUCAAGCUGACGACAUUGGAGCUGGACAAGUACGUUUGCGUGCGGGAAACUCAUGAUGGAGCCAACACUGUUGCUAUUGUCAACUUGCAAACAAGCGAAGUUACCCGAAAGAACAUGACCGCCGACAACGCUAUCAUGCACCCGCAUGAGUUUGUCAUUGCCUUGCGGGCUAACGGUACCACCAUUCAAAUUUUCAACUUGGCCACCAAACAACGUCUCAAGUCCCACACCAUGAGUGAACCGGUAGUGUUCUGGAAGUGGUUGGACGACAAGCACUUGGGGUUGGUCACUGGUACCUCAUUCUAUUUCUGGAAUAUCUUCGAUGGCACCAACAAUGGUCCCACUCGUUUGACUGAACGUCACCAACUGUUGGCUAACUGUCAGAUUAUCAAUAUCUGUGCCGAACCUGACUUGAACUGGUUUGCGGUAACCGGGAUUGCUCAAGAAGAUGGGCGUAUUGCUGGUCACAUUCAAUUGUUUUCCAAGCUGCGUGGCGUGUCUCAAGCCAUCGAAGGGCAUGUUGCUAAGUUCGCCCAAGUCAAAUUGCUGGGGGCAGUGCAACCCACUAAAGUGUUUUGCGUUGGUAACAAAAACGCCCAAGGCCAAGGUAAUUUGCACAUCAUCGAGAUUGACCACGUUGAUGGCAACCCUCCUUUCCAGAAAAAGCUGGUAGACAUUUUCUUUCCUCAGGACGCUACCAAUGACUUCCCCAUCUCUUUGCAAGCUCUGGACCGUUAUGGUGUGGUUUAUGUUCUUACGAAGUACGGGUUCAUUCACAUUUACGAUAUGGAACUGGGGACUAACUUGUUUGUUAACCGUAUCACUGCCGACCCCGUGUUCACGGCCACCGCUUAUAAUGACGGUACCGGUAUCUUGACUAUCAAUAAGCUGGGCCAAGUCUUGGCUGUGGAACUCCUGCGGGAUCGGGUGGUGCCUUAUGUACUUGAGCAAUUGCUGAACGUGCCUUUGGCCUUGACGUUGCUGGCCCGGGGCGGCUUCCCUGGUGCCGAGCUGCUUUUCACUCAGCAAUUCCAGAACUACCUCAACCAAGGUGACUAUGCUAAUGCUGCUAAAGUUGCCGCUUCUCUGGAGCAGUUGCGUACUCAGGACACCAUUAACAAGUUGAAAAACAUCACCGCUCCUCCCGGGCAAGUCCUGCCUAUCCUCCAAUAUUUUUCUACUUUAUUGGACCGUGGCACCUUGAACAAGUAUGAGCUGAUUGAAUUAGCAAAGCCUGUAUUGCAACAAGAUCGCAAGCCUCUUUUUGAAAAGUGGUUGAAGGAAGACAAGUUGACUCUGUCGGAAGAGCUUGGUGACAUCGUCAAGCUGUACAACGAUGCCGCCUUGGCUUUGGCUGUUUACAUUCGCGCUCAAUGUCACAUCAAGGUUGUGGGUUGUCUCGCUGAAUUGGGUCAGUUCGACAAGAUUUUGCCUUAUUGUGAUAAGGUUGGCUACAACCCCGAUUACACCAACUUGGUUCAAAACUUGAUUCGGGUGCUGCCUGACCGUGCCCUGGAAUUUGCGGUGCUGUUGUUACUGCUGGACCUGGCAAACGUCAACAUUGAAACUAUCGCUGACUUAUUUUUCUCGCAGAAUUACGUUCAGCAAGGAACUGCGUUUUUGUUGGAUGCUCUCAAGGCUGAUGACCCUGCCCAAGGCCACUUGCAAACUAGAGUUCUCGAAACUAACCUUUUGCACGCUCCUCAAGUUGCUGAUGCUAUCCUUGGCAACAAUAUGUUUCACCAUUACGACAAGCCCACGAUUGGUCGCUUGUGUGAAAAGCUGGGUUUAUUUCAACGUGCUCUUGAACACUACGAUGACAUCAAGGACAUCAAGCGUGUCAUUGUCCACACUAACGUAAUUGACACUGCUUGGUUGGUUCUGUACUUCGGUCAGCUCAAUGUCCAACAACUGAUGGACUGCUUGCGUGAAUUGUUGCUGCAGAACAUGGCUCAGAACUUGCAAGUUGUUAUUCAGGUUGCUACCAAAUACCUGGAUUUGCUUGGGCCACUUCAACUUAUCAAGUUGUUCGAAGAAUUCAAGUGCACUGAGGGUGAAUACUACUAUCUUGGCCUGAUUGUCAACUUAACGCAAGAUGCUGACGUCGUAUUCAAGUACAUUCAAACUGCUGCCAAGAUGAAUCAAACUAAGGAAAUUGAGCGUGUCGUGCGUGACAACAACGUUUACAAUGGUGAAAAGGUUAAAAACUUCCUCAAGGAAUUCAAGCUUGAUGAUCAAUUGCCAUUGAUUAUCGUUUGUGACCGUUUCAACUUCGUUCAUGACUUGAUUUUGUACCUCUACAAGAAUCAGUUUUUCAAGUUUAUUGAAGUUUAUGUGCAACUGGUCAAUCCUGCCAACACUCCUCAAGUUGUUGCAGGUUUGUUGGAUGUCGACUGUGACGAACUGAUCAUCCAAGGUUUGUUACUUCUGGUACUUGGACGUGUGCCCAUUGGUGAACUUGUCGCUGAAGUUGAGAAGCGUAACAGACUCAAGGUAUUGUUGCCUUUCCUUGAAAAGACGUUAGAAGGUGGUAGUAACGAUCGCGAGGUUUACAACGCUCUUGCCAAGAUCUAUAUCGACUCCAACAACUCUCCGGAGAAGUUCCUUCAAGAAAACGAUGUGUACGACACUCUUGUGGUUGGUAAGUACUGCGAGAAACGUGAUCCCUACUUGGCCUACAUCGCUUAUUCCAAGGGUGGUAACAACGAUGAAUUGAUCUCCAUCACCAAUGACAACAAAAUGUACAAGUACCAAGCACGGUACUUGUUGCAAAAGCUGGAUCCUGAAUUGUGGAAUCGAGUGUUAGCUGAUGAUGAACAUGGACACCGUCGUGCUCUUACUGAUCAGGUCAUUCUGACUGGUAUCCCCGAGCUUACUGACCCAGAACCUGUUCUGAUUGUGGUGAAGGCUUUUAUGGAAAAUGACUUGUCCAAUGAUUUAAUCGAAUUAUUAGAAAAGAUCAUCUUGGAACCUUCCCCCUUCAACGACAAUACCUCGUUGCAGGGGCUUAUGAUUCUCACGGCUAUCAAGGCCCAACCGCUGAGAGUCAUGAACUACAUUGAGAAGUUAGAAAAGUAUGACCCUGAGGAAAUUGCCCCCUUGUGUAUUGACAACGAGUUAUACGAAGAAGCUUUCGAAGUUUACGACCGUCACGAAAUGCGGCAAGACGCUAUGAAGGUGUUGGUCGAAGAUAUCAUGCUGUUGGAUCGUGGUGAGCAGUAUGCUGAGAAAUACGACACUUCUGAUUUGUGGUUCCAAUUGGGUAAUGCCCAACUUAACGGGUUGCGUAUUCCUGAAGCAAUUGACCUGUACGUCAAGUCCAAGAACCCCCUGAACUACAAACAAGUUAUCGAGAUUGCCGAACACGCUGGCAAGCUUGAAGAACUUGUUGGCUUCUUGGACAUGGCUCGCGAAACUUUACGCGAACCUGAAAUUGACGGUGCUCUUAUUUACGCUUAUGCCAAUCUUGAACGUGAAAGCGAUAUCGAAAAGUUUGUUGCUGGUCCGAAUGUUGCAGAUGCGGAAGACAUUGGUGACAAGUUGUUCGAAAAGGGUAACUACGAAGCUGCCAAAAUCUUAUUCUCCUCUGUUUCGAAGUAUUCUAAAUUGGCGACUACCCUUGUUCACUUGGGUGAUUAUCAAGGUGCCGUUGAUUGCGCUCGUAAGGCUCUGAACAUCCGUGUGUGGAAGCAAGUUCACGAUGCUUGUAUUGAACACCGUGAGUUCCGUUUGGCUCAAAUUUGUGGUCUCAACUUGAUCAUCGAUGCUGAAGAAAUGCCUGAGUUGGUUCGCAACUACGAGUACCACGGAUACUUUAACGAGGUUAUGGCUUUGUUCGAAAAUGGUUUGCUGCUUGAGCGUGCUCACAUGGGUAUGUUUACCGAAUUACUGAUUUUGUAUUCGAAGUACGCACCCGAGAAGGUAAUGGAGCACCUUAAAUUAUUCUGGCUGCGUAUAAACAUUCCCAAGGUAAUUGCUGCUUGUGAUGCCGCUCACCUUUAUCCCGAGCUCAUUUUCUUGCAUUGCCAUUAUGAAGAAUGGGAUAACGCCGCUUUGGCGAUGAUGGAACACUCGGAGGUUGCUUUCGACCACUCGUCAUUCAAGGAAAUCAUUGUCAAGUGUCCUAAUCUUGAGUUAUACUACAAGGCUAUCAACUUCUACAUGACUGAAAACCCCUCUUUACUUACUGACUUGAUGACUGUGUUGACUCCCAAGUUGGAUUUGCCUCGUGUGGUACGCAUGUUCGUGAAGCUGGACAACUUGCCUCUAAUCAAGCUGUGGCUUAUCUCUGUAUUGGAGAAAAACAACUCGGUGGUAAAUCUGGCUUAUCACGAUUUGUUGAUCGAAGAAGAAGAUUACAAGCUGUUGCGUCUGCUGAUUGAAAAUGAAGCUAACAACCGUUUCAACAAGUUGGACUUGGCUGAACGCUUGGAGAAUCACGACUUGAUCUUUUUCCGUCAACUUUCGGCGCUUUUGUACACCAAGGAAAAGAAAUUUGCCAAGGCUAUCUCCAUCCUCAAAAACGACAAGUUGUGGGGCGACUUGAUUCGUACUGUGGGUAUUUCGCAAUCGCCGAAGGUUGCCCAUGAUGCUUUGGACUAUUUCGUCGAAACUGGUAACCACGAAUGUUUUAUUGCACUCCUUUACACCGCGUACGGCUUGGUCGAUUACGACUACGUGAUGGAACUCGGCUGGUUGCACUCGUUGGGUGACUUCACGAAGCCUUACGAGAUUCUGGUUGCUCGUGAAAACCUGAACUUGUUGAAGGAAUUGCGCCUGGACCUCAAGGAGCGUCAAGAGAAGGCCAAAAAGGCCGAAGAUGAACCCAUCAUCAACACUCCUUUGAUGAUUACCGGUGGACCGAUGUCUUACCAACCGACUGGCCAAGGUUUCGGUAACGCAUUUUAA